GACAAAGAACGGGAAAAGGUCUACACGGGAAGAUAUGCUGGCACUUACUUUUAUCGUCUUAAUGCUCUGAUUGAAAAUAAAGAAGUUAAAGUAAUAUUUGCUUUUAAAGACAAAAUCGAAACUGAAAGCAUUUGA